AUGAAAAAAGGUUUGACUCUAGAAGAUUAAAGUGAAUUUUAAGUAGCAAUUUAGAUUUGUGACUAAAUUUUACAAAUAGAUUAAUAAAACAUAUAAGCAUUAUAUAAAAAAGGUAUUAAUAUUUUUAAAUAUUAGCAAAGUUCUUAGAAAAUUAAAAUUAGAAAGAUGAAGCUCUAUAAUUGAUAGAUGAUGUUUUAAAAAUUAAUCCUAAUUAUGUGCUUGCUCUUAAUUUAAAAGGAGAAAUCUUAUAAAGUAAGAGUUGUUUUGAAGAGUCAAUUAAAUAUUUUGUAAAAGCAUAUGAAUUAGAUAAUCUAUUUUUUACUGCUUUAUAUAAUAAAUGUAAUUAAUUUAAUCAUUUAGGUGAUUGCUUAUAAGAUUUGGAAAAUUAUGAAGAAGCUGUUAGAUGUUAUGAUUAAUUAAUAAAGAUUGAUUCUAAGAACUAUUUAGCACAUUAUUAUAAAAGUAAGUAAAAUAAGCAAUAAAUUAAGGUAUAGCAUUGACUGAACUUUAAAGAUAUACAGAAUCUUUGUCUAGUUAUGAUAAAACUAUUUUUUUAAAUCCUAAUUAUAUUCCUGCCUAUUACAAUAAGGGUAUAUUCUUCAUUGAUCAUAUUUAGGAAUUGUUUUAAAUUUUUUAAAAAAGAGCAAUGAAGCAAUAGAUUGUUUUGAUAAAGUUAUUUCAGUUGAACCAAAUCAUGCCAAAUCCUAUUUAAAUAAAGGUAAUAUUAAAAAAGUUACUCAAAGGCUAUUCAUUAUGUGAUCUUGGAUAAUUUAAUGAAGCUUUGUAUAACUAUGAUAAGGCUAUUUCAAUAAAUUCUUAGUUUAUUGAAGCAUAUUACAAUAAAGGUAUUUAGAAUAUCAAUUCCAAUAGGAAUAUUAUUGGAUGAUUUAAAGAAAUUCGAAGAAGCAAUAAAAUGUUAUGAUGAAGUUAUUAAACUCGAUCCAAAUGAUUCUUAGUCUUAUUAUAAUAAAGGUCUAAUUAAUGAUAGAUUAUAAUAGCAAUUUCUCUACAAAAUUUAAAGAAAGAUGAUGAAGCUCUAAAAUGUUAUGAUUAGGCGAUUUAAUUAAAUAUGUCAUAUGCUAAUGCUUACAAUAAUAAAGGUUUCAUCAUUAUAAAUAAAUAGGUCUAUUGCUAGAAAAACUAGGCAAGAAAAAAUUAGCAAUAUAAAAUUAUAAAACCGCAAUGAAAAAAUGUUCAAUAGACUAAAAUAUUUUUUCAAAACGAAUUAAAAGAUUAAAAAAUAAAUAAUGA